CAAGAGGAAUUUCAGAGGAAAGGUCUGGAGGUCCUGGCUAAAUUCCCGAGAAACAUCAAAAUGGGGGUGAUAAGUACAAAGUUACAGGAGUUUCAGAUGACUGAAUCAAAAGGUACCACCACCCAAGCUGGGAAGAAGGAUGAGAAAUCCAAAUAUAAGGCCAAGGUAACUAAGAAACCAGUGGUAAUGAAGAGAUUCGAUCAAGCCUGCAUGAAAAAGCCACUCCCCCCGAGAGCUCAGACUCCCUUGGUUAAGGUGAAGAAAGAAAGAAAACCACAGAGAUUGGGUCUUUACCAUCGGCUGAACGAGAAGCUUAACCAGGAUGUACAAGAUGAACUUGACAAAAGCGAGGACAGCAGUUCCAGCAGCACCUCAAGUGAUGACCUGGAUAGCCAGUGAAGCAGGAUGGAGGCCAGAGACCUCAGAACCAUCUGUCACUGUCCAGAGGUCUCCACCCUGUCCAGUGGGCAACUGUGAAGACAGAAACUCUGUAGCUUCUGAUGGUCAGAUGAUAAAUUAAAUCAAGCUCUUAGGAGUGAA